CACGUCAACCGUCAACUGCACAACGCUCUGCCCCUCAACGGGCUAGAGCACGGCCGGUGAGGGUACUCCUCUCUGUUCAGCUCGAGUCGUGUUGCAACUGCCUCUCUUCGCGAGGCCCGCUCUACCUCCUCCUCCUCCUCCCCUCCUCCACCCUCUCACCUCUCGUUUCACAAUCAUGCGAAACGCAUGUGAUGCCUGCCGACUCCGCAAAGUCAAGUGCCGCUACGACGAGGGCGCCAGUGGCUGCGCUUUCUGCACCUCAAUCGGAAUACCGUGCACGACAGCGCCGCGGCAGCGCCACCGAAUCAAGGCCGGGCGUAAGGCCACUCCGACUGCGCGUUCGAAUGCGCCCGGGCCCGCGGCGGCCUCUGGCUCCGCCUCCGCUUUCGACGAAGCCUUUGCAGGCGUGCUUCGACAGGCGCCGCGCGUUGCGUCGUCGCGCGAACCAUCCGCCCCGCCGUAUAAGCCGAGCACGCCGCCGCCGCCGCCCUCCCCAGGCUCGCCGCCGCCCGGCGACCCGACAGGCGACCAAGGGCUAAGCCAUCUGCCGCGCGGGCGGCCGUCGUCGUCGCGCGCCCGGUUGCUCGGCGUGCCCGGCCUCACACGGGCGGCACUCGACAGCUGCAUCGAAAGUUUCUUCACGACGAUCGGACACGUCAUUCGCCUGAGCCAGCCGCAGGACGUGUUCUGGCGCCGCGCUCGUGUCCGGUUGUAUUACGCUGCGGGGCUCGACGUGCCCGCGGAGCUUGCGGACGUCGCACACGAUCCCGCGACCGAGCUUCUCGUCCUAGCAGUCGGGUGUCGCGGCGCACCUUUCGGCCCGCACGCUUCCCUCGCGGAGCCGAUAUAUCGGCGCUGCUGCGACCUGCUCCGCAUCCCCGAGAACCUUACGCGGAAUGGAUGCGAUGUCGUCGAAGCAUUGCUGUUGUUGUCGGAGCUGAGCGUGCGCACGCGCAACGCCAAGAUGGGCGAGCGGACUUCGCCGUGCGCCAUCGACCCGCUCGGCAAGUGCGCAGUCAUCGACUACCUCUUCUACCACGAGGUGCACAUCCCACCGCCGCAGCACGCGCCCGACUUCACCCGCCGAUUGAUGCUACACGCGAUGGCGUGGGUGCACGACGCAAUCCGGAGCGCGAGCGCACACACCAUGUGCCGCAUCACGGACGACGACACAGGCUGGCCGCUGCCCGUCAACGGUGACGACUUCGCCUACGUGCCGCUAACGCUCGUAACGCGGCAAAUCUGCCGGACGCUGCUGAGCGCACGCGCCAAGGGGUUAGGUCUGCGUGACGCCGACGUCGGGGACGCUAUCGCUGCCAUCGGCAGUCUGCGGGCGCGCACGGGGAUCAGUGUCGAUGGGCUUGCAGCCCUCGUCGACCCGUCGCGGGGCGGAAGCGCCUCGGUCCCUCGCGACGGCGCGCGUCCCAUCAGCCACACCGAGUACGUCUGGAUCCUAUCGACCCACUACUGGCUCUACCUCGUCACCUGGGUGGCGGUGCAGGAGGACAUGGACCGACAUCCCGGCGGGCUGAGCCUCGGCACGAUCGCGGACGUGAAAUCAGCGACGACCGCCGCGUGUGAGGAUAUGGCGCGCCUAGCCGAGCUGAGCACCGCCCACCGGCUGCACGUGUACGCUACUCGCGGCGUGCGCAACCACUUCGCGGCGUUCACCCUCUUCCUCCUGCGCGAUUUUGGGAGCAUCGCCGCGCCCAGCGUUGCUCAGAGCGGGCAGUACUAUGCGCUCGCAGAGAAGCUUAAUCGGGGUGUGCGCAGCGCUUGCUUCUACCCCGAUUCGGAGAUGCUGGCGGACACACUCCUUAUGAUGCUGCAUAAGCGACUGCGCGUGGACAUUCGCGUUGCAGCACGCGUCGCCGAGCGCGGGCUGGACGCCCUUACUGCCGUCUCGUCGGUGCGGGAUAUGGGCGGCUCCCGGAAGCAGUCGACCGCAGGGAGCGCGGCGUAUGAGGGCGAUCCAGAGCCUAUCAAUACGUCAGUUCCGCUGGUCUCCAUGCCACAUGAGCUGCAGAGCGCCGGCAGCGCGAGUGGGGCCACAGACCUACCUCGGGAUGGCAUGCUGCAGCCCGACUCGGCGUCGGCCCGCUCACCUCCGUGGACGCCACGAAAGCCUACCAUCCCGCACAACACCACCGCCGCUACCGCUACCGCCAGUAGCGGAGAUCUGCACGCCAUGCCGGCCCCCGCUCUUCCAUAUCCUACAGCAGGCGCAAGCACCAUGCCUAGCGCGCUCACGGCGGCUCGCGCCGGCGCCUUCCAGCCUCUUGACUCAACGCUGCUGCUCGACCCGAGCCAUCCGACCAGCAACGUGGACCUCGACUGGUUCUCGUUCAUGAACACUUUGAUGGAGUGCGGCGUCGAGCUGCCCGGCUCGCUCUCCGAGGUCCCCUAGUGAUAUUAGCUAC